AUGGCGGCUCUCUUGCCCUCAACAGCGCCACGGAGGAUGCCGUACCAGGUGGCCGAUCGAAUCCACGUUUACGGCCGCGUGCGGCCACCUGCCUCCCCCGACGCACCGCUGUGGGUCACCGUGGACAGUAGAACCACGACGUUGCACUGCGGCAGCGCGGAGGAGGUGCUGCCGAUGACAGAGGCCGUUUCGAAACGGCGGUCGCCCACCACAGCGCAUGUGCCUCAAUCGUCAAGCUUCACACUUGACGGCGUCAUGGGCGAUAUCCGAGGGGGCGCCGCGCAGGCUUUCCUUGACAGCACCGCCCGUUCCUGCGUGGAAGACUCCCUGCUGAAGGGGACGAGUGCCACGAUUCUGUGUUGCGGUGAGAAAGGCACCGGCAAGACCACCACUAUGUUUGGCGACGUGGCCGUUCCCGGGCUGUGCCAGCGCAUCCUCGCCUCGCUCUUUGCCGUGGUGGGGGCACAGUCCGAGCCCUCAACGCCCACGUUUCGUUCGGGCGUGACGAUGACCGCGCCCUCCACACAUGACCUCGCGUCCCUGUCCUCGAGUGGCGCAGAGGAGGAGGAGGCGCGGCGCGGCUGUCGCACGCGGUUCCUGGUCAAGCUCUCGUGCCUGGCGCUCCGUGGAGAGCACGUGGUAGACCUGCUCGCCGAGGCAGCACACGACGCGCCCUCGAGCGGCGCGUCGGCGUCGGCAUCGCCGCGGGCAGCGCCACCCCCACUACCGGCUUCCUCGUCGUUAUCGCUCUCUGCGAGGCCCAACAUCACCAUGGAUUCACGAGGCAGGGUGGUAGUGCGCAACGUAUCGACAGUCACGUGUUGCAGCGCCGCCGACGCCAUCGCGUUGAUACACCAAAGUCGUUGUGCGCCGUCUUCAGCAGCGUCGCCUAGGUCGCCUGGCCACGUUGUCGUCAUAGUGGACGUCACAUGCGAAGAGGGCGAGGAGGCAAGCGCAUCUCACCAUAUCGUGCGCACGGCCAAGCUGCACCUCGUCGACCUGGCAGCCGCGGAGCAGGCGCGGCACCGCAGCCAAAGGCCACAGCCGCCGCCCUCGUCCACAUCGCCCUCGAUGCCGGCUGCUGAAAGCGUCGUCACAUCGCACGGCGGCCGCUCCGAGGAUUCCGCGAUCCGGCAUUCACUUGCAGUACUGCAGCAGGUCAUCACGGGGCUCUCGUCUUCGUCGACGGCGGUGGACGAUGCGCCGCCUACGCGGCCUCCAUACCAGCAGAGCAAGCUGUCGAUGCUGCUCAAAGGCCACCUUGGUGGCGGCUGUCGCACUCUUGUCAUCGCGCACGUCCGGUCGGAGGAGGCGCACAGACAGGAAACGCUGGCCACACUGCAGCUGGCGCGGCGGCUCUUGUGCGUGCCAGAGCAUCCUACCUCUCGGGUCGUCGAGGACCCCGUGGUCCGGGCACGCCAGCUGCAGCGGCAGGUGGCGACGCUGCAGGCGGAGCUGCGGCUGCAGAUGGAGUUGAACCAGCGCGCGGCGAGCUCUGCAACAGCCCUUGCCGCCGCCGCCGCACCUGUCGAUGCACCGGCGGCCAGUAACGCGAAAGGUGCGAAGAAGUGCUUUGGCGAUGCCUCGGCUACAGACGCACCAGCGCGGUCGUCCAAAUCCUGCACUAGACGGGCGAGUGACCGGUGCACCUCGCCGUCGCAGACACCGGCCGGGGCGGCGAGCAGCUGCCAUCCGCUGCUGGGCCGCGCCGCCUCAUCAUCUGCUACGCCGGUCUCGGAUGCCCUGACCACAGGCGUAAUGAACUUCGUUGCCGGCCGGAUCGCGGUACUCCCAGUCAGCACGGUGCAGGAGAUGAACACGUGCUUCGAGCUGCUGCGACAGUGUGUGGCAGAGAGGGACAUCCAGCUUCGCGCCGCGCUCACAGACCUGCGUACGGCAGAGGCUACUACAGCGGCUGCAUUCACAGCCUUGGCAGCGAGCAGCGCGCGCAGCUCCGUUUCUGAGCGCUAUUCCGGGCGAUCCGUCUGCGGCGGAGGGGCCGGCCGACGCCGGAUAUGCUCGAUACGGGGCACGGCGAGUUUAGCGAGAGACACCCCCGUCUCGGAGGGCAAGCGUCGCCUUUCGACGGACUCGACUUUGUCAACGUCGAUAAUGCAGCUGCCCAGAUGUAACCCUUCGCGUACGACGCUACUGCAUGAACCGAGCCCGACUGUGCCGGCUACUGCUGGUGUCAAGGCAGGAAAGGGAUACGGCAGCGCUCCAUCGGCUGCGGGGUUAUCCCGAGGUGAGACCAAGGACACAGCCCCGCUUUCGCCGUUGCCGGGGCUGAGUGUCUUUCCAUCAACGGGGCCCAACACCGCUGCCGCCGCAGCCAACGCGCCGCUUGCCGCUGCUGCGGCGGCGUGGUCGGCGAAUGAGGGGAUUAAAUCUCCAGAAAACGAGGUGACCUUUGUCCCCACCUGCAACGAAGCGGCGUCUUUUAAGCCGCUCGCGCCGUCGUCGUCCCUCCAAUGUGCGCGGGUAGUCUCGAGUGCACCUGUGUCGCUGAUCCGCCCUUUCUCGGCAUCGAAGAGCACGGCAAGUGCGUCGCGACAAGCCUCCGCCGCCCGGAAGCCGUCGACGCCGUGGGGCCGGGCGCCCACCGACUCGCUCGGACCGUUUUCCUCGACCGAGGUGAACUCCACGAUGCAGGUGUGGCGAUCACACUCGGCAGCUGAUUCAGCGCUGCAGGCGAGUCCGGGCGAGUCUUCCGCGUUCCACAUCUACACAACCCAGACAGCGGAGGGUGUGCAGCAGGUGCGGCAAGUGCGACACGACGAGGAGGCACUGGCCAGCCUAAGACUGCGUCUCUUGGCGGAAGUGACGGGUGAUAACGGUCACAGCGACACAGCCCUGGCAGACGAGUGUCGCUACUACGAGGGCCAGCUAACACGACGUCGCGAGGCGCUACUGCGGAACUUUGAGUCGUGGUAUCGCGCUCGUGUGCCGGCCGAGGACGACACCACUGCUGCGGCGAAUGCAUUGCAGGAACCUGCAGCGAACUCAAAGGCGCUGACGCUGGGGACGAUGCGGCGACGGCUGCGGCGUCCUGCCACUGCUGGAAGCGCAGGGAGUGGUGGCGGUGGCGGCGAUGCGGGUGUGCUCAGUGGUGUCGCCAUCAACGGCGUCGGAGGUAAUGGCGCCUACGAGGUCUGGGGUGGGGUCGGGCCAGUUCUGCGUCCUGCCGCCUCUUUUUCCUCCGCCACACAGAAGGAGUAG